GAACUCUUAGGCUUCGUAGGACUUAUACGCUUCAAGAAAACAAUCCUCGGCGAUUUUUAGUAGGGACUAUUAAAAAUUGCGAACUCAAGAACUAUCUCGCCACUUUGCAUCUAUCAGCAAUAGCUAUUUCCGUUUAUUUAUUCAGAAGAGUAAACCUCGAGUAACCGGCACUUCUUCCAAGAUGGCCGACCCAGACAACCUAGAAGAGGAAGGCAUUGAUAGUGACAGACUGGCUGCAUAUCGGGCUGAGCCAGUAACGGAACUAGCCAUUAUGAUCACUGAAAGUGAUGAUGACGACGAAGGCAGAGGCAUUGUGGCAACAUACAUGUUUAUGAGAAAUGCGUUAGGAAAACUCAACAUUAACGAACAAGACAAGCUAGGCUUCACCGCGUUGCACUAUGCAGUCACGCAGAAGAAACUGGGAAUGGUAAAACUACUGGUCAAGUAUGGAACUUCUUUGGAGGUUAAAGACGCUCUCGGAUUCACUCCGCUGUUCUAUGCUUGUGGCAGGGCAGCAAAUGUAGAAAUUGCCAAGUAUCUUAUCGAAGAGUGCAAAGCUUCCUUUGUUUCUAGAACGUAUGCUGGAAUGACCUGUUUGCAUUGCGCGGCCUUUGUUGGUGCUACAGAUGUUGUUAAACUUCUCUUAAAACAUGGUGCUGAUCCUCAAGCUACAUGCAAUGAAGGAAAAACACCAUUUGAUCAGGCGAGGACUUCACCCGAGAUAAGGUUAUUGCUGCACAAGGCAAACAGAGAUGCUGAUUCUUCUGCUGCUAAGAGAGCAGCAAGCUGUGCUAACUGUGGAAAAGUCGUUGAGAAGAUGAAGCGCUGCGGCAGGUGUCGUGUCACUUUGUACUGUGGCAAGGAAUGUCAGAAAGAACACUGGAAGAAAGGAGGGCAUAAGCAGAGAUGUGAAGAGGGUGUGUUGGCUCAUCCCAGCCGAUAUCCCUACAUGACAACUGUUAGUAAUGUGCUCAAAGCUGACCGACCGACUCUGUCUAUGAGUGGUGGAAAGACAGAGGAGUGUGUUGCCUCUCAGUCCAGUGUCCCAGCUAACAAGUCAUUUGUUGUAAAAGUACAAAGGCCUGUUACUACUGCAGAUCCUGAUGCCCCAAAAGACUUAAUGGUUUACAAUGUUGACAAAUCUGUGCAUGUUUUUAUUCGGGAAGAAACACCAGGCUAUGCAAGCCUCGUGAAGAAGAUUACAGAGGAAGGGAUUUUUGGCUUGAAAGCCUUCUUCUGGGCGGAGAAGGCACCUGAGUUAGGCACAGGUGUAAUAAAGGUGUUUCCCGGCCAGUUCGCGCCACAGCAAGACUGGUGAAAACUAAAGGGUGAACACUAUGGGUAUGAAGAGUCUAAGAUCAAAUGGCAGAAAAACACAGUGUGUAAACAGGCAAAUAAAGAGUUUGAUGUAAGAAAUUCA